GCGGCGGCGGCGGAAGCGGCGCCGGGCACUGAUGGCGGCGCUGGCGCGGGCCCUGAGCUGCCAGACUGGAGUAACUCAGUGGAUAACAGGAUGCAGUGGGUUGCUCCAGACCGCCGCAGUCCCGGGCCAGUGUAGACGGAUGCUCUGCAGUAUUUUCCAGAGGCACAAGGCCGGCCCCUUCCGACUGUCCAGGUUCUGUCGAGGAUUGAUUCAAGCCAAUGGAGCCACCACGCAGCAAAACAGAUCCUUUUACAAUACAAAUAAGCAUCUUUCUGCAAAAGAUUCCUUGCAUCCAUCUGAAGAGAAAGUGGGUGCUUUCACAAGGAUAAUAGAAGCAAUGGGGUUCACAGGACCACUCAAGUACAGCAGAUGGAAGAUCAAGGUGGCGGCGCUGCGCAUGUACACGUGCUGCGUGGAGAAAACCGACUACGAGGAGUUCUUUAGCAGGUGCCAAAUGCCUGAUACUUUGAAUUCAUGGUUCCUAGUAGCCCAGCUUCAUGUCUGGAUGUGUCUGGUGCGCAUGAAGCAGGAGGGCCGCACGGGCAAGUACAUGUGUCGCUACAUCGUCCACUGCAUGUGGGAGGAUGUUGAGCAGCGUGGUAAGGUCAUGGGGAUUAAUUCUGUUGCUCUAAAGGAAGAUUUGAAAAAUAUGGUAGAAAAUUUCUAUGCAGCUCUAUUUGGAUACGAUGAGGGAAUCUUGUCUGAUGAUCAUGUUCUGGCAGCAGCUCUUUGGAGGAACCUUUUUAACAGGAACUGUGACGACCCUCGGCAUCUGGAGUUACUCGUGGAGUACGUGCGCAAACAGGUGCAGCACCUGGACGCGCUGAGCGGGGAGGACCUGCUGCUGACGGGCGAGGUGAGCUGGCGGCCGCUGGUGGAGAGCGACGCCCGCAGCAUCCUCAAGCCCCUCUCCCCCGUGUACAACGACGAAGGACUCUGAGAUCCCUGUCGGAACAGCUUGGGAGGCGUGCCUCAACUGGGACUGGGCUGAGGCUGUGGGCUCAGGAAGGAAAAUCUGCUGUUGGAAGAAAAAUGUUUCAUUAGCUAUCCCAUCCGUGGUGCCUCAGUAGCAACCUGGACAGCCAUACUCCUCUGAACCUUCACCCGCAAGUAAAUCCUCGUUGGUUUGAGAACCUCUGUCCUUUUUAUGGCCCUGAGUGGCCCUGGCUGUCAAAUGGACAGAGCUGCCUUCUGUCUUUAGGAAACCAGGUAUUCACCGUGACAUAGAGUUCUCUCAAGAAGACAUUUCUGUCCUUUGCCUCGUUUAAAGAGCUGCUACCCAGAGACACAGUGGUGUCCUCUGCUCCCUGAAUGGUUGUCAAUGCAAAUCUGAGCUUUGCAUAUUAGAUGUUAAAUAUGUAUUUUAAAAGCCUGAUAUUGAGAUGGAACGGUCCAUCUUUGCUUUAGUGGAGUUAAGAAUUGCUUUAAAAGAUUCUGAAGGGUCUUCUGUGAAAAUCCUUUUUAGAAACUCUGCUCUGUUGCACAAGAAUGAGAGAAUGCAAAGAAUAAUGCACGGUCCCCAGCAAUCCUGAGUGUCUCUGGCCAUCUUAGGGAGAUUAAAGCCCAAAUCAUGGCUGGGCUGGCACUAAAAGCUGCCUCAGUACUUGAUGUCCAGUCUGCCUUGCUGAUACUUCCAUGUUCUCUGUAGAGUUGUGCUCUAGGAAUUUCUUCCUGAAAAGAACAUCCCUGUUUGUGUCGCUGGGACAGGACUCUGCCAUCCUCCUUACCCCAAAACAUGGUCCAGGGCUUUUUAACAAGACCCAUCAGUGCCAGAGAAAACUUUCUAUGGCUGUGCAGGCAAGUGAUGCCAACACAGUAAUUAGGGGAGCAGGAGCUGCACUGGUGAGAUCAACAGAGGCUGAGGUGCUCUGUGUGGGUGGAGGGUUCACCAGGCUGUUUCCAGGUCAGUGGCAAAACCAGUUUUCAUUUCUCUCCUGUCCAAAAUCCAAGUCAAUAAUAAAUGUCAGUCUGGGUAAAA